UCCGCGCGCACGAGCAGCCCUGUUUGUUUGUGUUGAGCGAUUGGAAAUGGCGGAGAGCAGAGACCAAAGCGAUAACUCGGGCUAGCAAAAGCAAGUGCGCCGUCAUUGAAACGCAGAAACCUUUCGCAAGUGGUUCUCGGAGUUACUUACGGUUUGCUGCUGCUGACGGGACACAAGUCGCACGCGAGGUGAGCGGAUUUUCGGAGCGAGGUUUGGAUUUAGCGGAGCUACUUAGCUGGCUAAGCUAACCGUGCUAGCAACCUGGCGUUAGCUGGCUCAGAGUGGUGUGUGUGUGAUUUUAAGCACGCAGGCUUGUUUGUCAACAUAAGCUGACCUUAAAUUGAUAGCGAGCCAGCUAACAUACAACUCCCCCGGUCACCCAUCUUAACCUGAGUGUGUUUAUAACAUGGUGGCCACAGUUAAGCGCAGAUUUAUCUGUGCAAAGUGAGAGUGGAUAAAAAAGUCAGACAUCUGACCAUCCUGGUCGCCAGCAAGCUGCAAGUUAAGCUGGUCAGCCAAGUUAGCUAACUGGCUUGCUUUGCACACAGUCUAAACUGACUCUUUUGUUUGCCUGGGAAUUAAUCAGCCAGCGUGAAGCAAGGUCUCAGUGUUUGCAAGCUGAACGGACGGCUGAACAGUUGGAGGCCAACGGGCUUCUCCCUGCACCUGGGAUGGUGCUUUUUGACAGAGCGGCUGUGGAGCCAUAACCCCACCGCCAUCAUCAUUCCAUCCUCUUGACUGUAAGCCGUUGGCCCACCACUGAUCUCACGCCCAGGCUCCCCUCCUUCCCUCAGCUUUGCUCAGUCCCUGACAAGGCCACCACAGCCACCACAUGACUCACCGACUGGAGCCCUAGAUCAAGUCAGUUAAAGCUGAAAAUGAGUGCAGUAGGGGAAAGCCCUCUGGACCCUGCCACGCCAGAGUUACGCAAGAGGAAGGGCUCGCCAUGCGACACGUCAGGGCAAAGUGCGGAGAAGCGGAGACGGGAGCUGGAGUGCCGCUACAUCGAGGAGCUGGCGGAGCUGUUGUCAUCCAACAUGGGCGACAUUGCCAGUCUCAGCGUUAAGCCCGAAAAGUGCCACAUCCUCAAGAGCACUGUGGACCAAAUCCAGCAGAUCAAACGGCGUGAGCAGGAAAAAGCAGCCCUCCUUUCUCCAGAUGAUGAGGUGCAGAAGAGCGACAUCUCCUCCAGUAGCCAGGGACUGGUGGAGAAAGAGGCGUUGGGGCCCAUGCUGCUAGAGGCGCUUGAUGGGUUUUUCUUCGUUGUCAACCGGGAGGGGCGCAUCGUCUUUGUUUCUGAGAACGUGACGAGUUACCUUGGAUACACCCAGGAGGAGCUCAUGGCCUCCAGCGUCUACAGCAUCCUCCACGUGGGAGACCACAACGAGUUUGUUCGUAAUCUGCUGCCUAAAAGCCUCGUAAAUGGUGUCCCGUGGCCACAAGAAGCUGGGCGCAGGAACAGCCACGCCUUUAACUGUCGCAUGCUGAAGAGACCACCAGACGAGGUGGAUUCAGAGAACCUGGAGGCCCGGCAGCAGUAUGAGAUCAUGCAGUGUUUCACCGUGUCCCAGCUACGGACCAUGCAGGAGGAGGGAGAUGACCUGCAGAGCUGCCUGAUAUGCAUUGCCUGCCGGAUGCCACGAACCCAGCCUGUCAGCACGGAGUCUUUUAUCACAAAGCAGGAUCCCACAGGGAAGAUCAUCUCCAUAGAAACUAGUGCUUUGCGAGCGACAGGCAGGCCUGGAUGGGAGGACCUGGUCAGGAAAUGUAUCUAUGCUUUCUUUCAGCCGCAGGGCAAAGAGCCCUCCCACGCCAAGAAGCUUUUGCAUGAGGUGAUGACACAUGGGACCGCAAUCAGCCCGCUGUACCAUUUCACUCUGAGUGAUGGCACUCCGCUUAGUGCUCAGACCCGCUGCAAGUUCUGCUGCCCCCCCAACCCUGAUGUACAGCCCUUCAUUAUGGGCAUUCACACUAUUGACAGGGAACACAACACUGCUAGCUCUCAGGAAAACACUAACCCCAGCCUUCCACCAACCCUCAGCGGUAUCGCCCAAAUUCCCUCCCGCUCCCCUUCCCUCCCCCCCAGCAGUAAUUCAACCCAAGGCUCAAGUCUCGCCACCGCGGGCCUUCACACCAACAACAGCAAUGCCUCUUCCCACGGACAUAAUCCAGCCACGCCGACAGGCUACCUGACACCCAAUCGGACGAAUUGUCCCCAGCAGGUCAACAGCCCCUCUCCUUUGAGCAGCCCACUUACAGCAACCCCUACCUCUUUUAUGUCGCCCAGGAUGCCACGGGCCAGUCCUGGGUUAGGUGGGAGCCCUCGGGUACCAGGGAACCCCUUCUCUCCCUCCACACCUGGCCUCCAUUCCCCAGCUGGGGCUCUAAGCAGUGGAGGAAGCCUCAACAGGCAGCAGUCUAGUGGUGAUGGCAACAGUAGCGCAAGCGGUGGGUCAACAGGGUCUUUCUCCCUGUCCUCUCCGGUCCUUCAGAGACAAGCCAGUACACCCACCGGCUCCUCUAUUCGACCUCCGUCAACAAAACCCUCAGAUGGAGGUGAAGAAGGGGGAGAGGACUCUGUUAAAGCCCCCCUUUCUUCUGCCUCACAGCUGGGUAACCCCAGACUCAAUCAGCUCCUGGAUAGCAAUGGGACAGGAGCUGACUCUAACAACAACAGCAACAGCAUCCACUGCGCCUCCUCACCUCAUCCACCUAACCCUGCUCCUGCCCCUCAGUGCCCUGCCUCCCACAGCAGUCUCACUGAAAGACACAAGAUCCUCCACCGGCUGCUUCAGGACAGUAGUCCCAAUGAUGCCUCCACCACCAGUGAGGAAGGAAUAAACAAAACUGAAGUUGAGAUCAAGAAGGAGCCACCUGCCAGUCCAGCGCUGGGUGCAGGACCUCCCAAGAGCGACUCGAGAGAGCCACAGGACCACCAGUUGCUUCGUUUUCUCCUGGGUACAGAUGAAAAGGACUUGGACGACCUGCCACCUCCAUCUGCUCUGAGCCUUCAGACAGUGAGAAUUAAGGUAGAGAAGAAAGCUGGUGGGGAGGGAGUGACCUGUACAGGGUCAACGGUUGGCGCAGGAGGUGCAACCAAACUUGGAGGAGUGUCCAGCCCCAAAUCGAGCCCUGUCGGAGAAAACCGCAGAGACAGCCGCAAAGACAGCCGAGACUCCAUGAUUUCUAGUGUAUCUGUUGAUAUGGACCCUCUCUCCCAGAUGCUGCCUGGCUUCAGAGGCCCAGUUGGGGCCAAACAGGGCAGUGAGGAUACACCAAACCCCGGAGGAGGCCCUCAACUUCAGUCUCCGGGUCCCCAGCCCCCAGCUACGCUCCAGUCCCCUGUGCCUCAGCUCCAGUCACCCCUGUCUCAGCCUCAGUCCCUCCCACAGUUGCAGUCCCCAUCGCCUCAGCUUCACUCCCCUUCCCCCCAGCUCAAACUGCAGUCACCCACUCAGCUCCAACCCGGCGAGGCCAGCACUCCCCGCAAUGUAAAUGUGAAGAGAGAGCCUCCUGGCACUCCUAACAGAGGGCUCAGUGAUGGCAGACCGCCCUCUGGCUGCAGCCUUCAGAGUCAGUCUUCAUUUGAGUUCUGCAAUCCCGCCACUCCAAGCCAACAACCGGGACAAGGAGACCCCUUCCAGACCCCCAUAGACAGCAGUCCAUUUCCAGAGGCCGAAGUUAUGAACCCUUUCACCUCAACCACUGGUCAAACCAAGAUGGAUGCGGGUGAUUCCCAGUUUCAGCCUCUGGCUCUGGCUGACACCCUGACGUUUGAUGGUCUGGGAACUCCUUUGCAGGCUCCUUUGGCAUCACCACAAGAGCAGUGUGUGCCCUGUACGCUGGAUGAAGUGCUUGGCCCUCCAACCACACCUGAAGCCCGGAACGAUGAGAAGGCUCUAUUAGAGCAGCUGGUUAACUUCCUCAGUGGGACAGAUGAAAGCGAGCUGGCUGAGCUUGACAAAGCCCUGGGUAUCGACAAACUGAUACAGGGUGGCUGCUUUGACCCUUUACCUCAAAAUUUUCCACCCCAGCAACCCACUGCCACCCCAGUUUCCAUAGACCCUAAACUCCCCACCUACCCUUCCCAAUUCACACCAGCUCCACAAGCUCCUUUUCCUCCAGAGCUGGGCACGGUGGGGGCGCAGGGUCUGGGGUUCGGAGCCCCUCGAGGGGCCUUCCCCGGUGGGACGGGCAUGGGACUGAGGCCAGGCAUGACCAGACCACAGGGGAUGGGCAAUCCGGUCAGGCUGCCACCGAACCAACUGCGCUUGCAGCUGCAGCAGAGACUACAAGGCCCACAGCAGCUGCAGAACAGGCUGGCAGGGAUGAAUCAGUUUCCAGGAGGAGCCCAGCAUGUGAACAUGGGGAUUCGUCAGGGGGUGCAACAACCUCAAAUGCCCUCGCAACAGCCUCCGCUGAAUGCCCAGAUGCUGGCUCAGCGUCAGCGGGAACUCUACAGCAUCCAGCAUCGCCAACGCCAGCUAUUCCAGCAGAAGGUCAUGCUGAUGAGACAGAACAUAGCAGGCACUCCCACUGGAGCCGUGGGGCCCAUUGGGACUGCUAGGGUCCCCAAAGCUCCCCCCACAACGACUCAACAACAGCAGCAACAGCAGUUCAACUUCCCACCAGGGUACAACCCGAUGGCGGGAAACCCUCCUACCUCACCAAGUCACUUCAGCCCCAUUACCGCGGGCCCUCUGGACAACAAGCUGCCCGGCAGAGUUCCCCUGAACAACCAGACGUUGAUGGGUGGCGUGCAGGGCCAGUUCAACAGCACCGUCAACUCCUCAUUGCAGCAAGGCCUGUUUCAGCAGUUUGGAGGGUCCGCUGUGGUCCAGCAAGACCCACCGUUUGCUCCUGAGAUGAGCCCCUCCAGCCCACUUUUAUCACCUCAGAACUCCACCUCCCAGAGUCCUCUACUUCAGCAAAACUCAUCUACUGGCUACCAGUCACCCGACAUGAAAGGCUGGCAACCAACAAGCGUGGGCAGCCUGUUCAGUCAGUCAGGACAGAGCGCAGGGCAGCCGUUUGGCCAGCAGGGGGUUUAUAACAACAUGAGCAUCACCGUUUCCAUGGCCGGGGGCUCGAGUGGCGUCAGCUCAUUACCUCCCAUUGGGCAGUCAGUUGGCAUGAGCAACAGUAACCUCAGCAACGUUGGUUCAGUGUGCAGCGACCAGCAGGUGCAGCAGGUCCAGGUAUUUGCGGACGUCCAGUGCACAGUGAACCUUGUUGGCAGUGAUUCCUACCUGAACCAGGGCUCCAUCGGAGCUGCGGCCUCCCAGAAGGGCCCCGGACCCCAGGGCUCCCAGAACAACCAAGCCCAGCAGAAGAGCCUCCUCCAGCAGCUGCUCACUGAGUGACACCCCCCACCUCUUCUGCUCUCCUGCUCUAUCUACUUCUCACUUCUACACCUCCUCCUUGGAGGGUCGGUGCACCAGACCCAUUGCUGUCUCUGUCUCACCUUUUGGAUGGAUCGAUGUACGGACGGAUGGAUGUUUGGACGGCCACAGAGUAGGCUCAGAGAGGUCUGGCUGUCGGUGGAGUUUUCGCAGCCUAACCACUUCUGUGCUGGGGAGGGGUGGGGGUGGGGAUUCAGGGCUGGUUGUUUGAUGCCCAGAACAUUUUAAGUCAAGACUGAAGUCAGAAGGAGCAGCAGUGUAUUUAAACCUGCCUGUCUAAUCUGUCUGACAACCUGUCUGUCUGCCUCAGCCUAUUAAAGGCAGUGUUGUCUUGCUGCUCAUUCCUUGGUGACCUACUUCCUGCUUCCUGACCCAAGAAAACAACUGCAACGUCAUUGUAGUUUUGCCAAGUUUUUGUCACUGUCAAAUCAGGGCCGGCCUCCUUUUUAUUUGUGUUUUAUAUGUUUUUGUUAGUUUUGUUUGUUUUUGUUUUUUUCUGAUCGGACGGUUUCUGUCAGGCCGUCGAAACAGCAAGCAGCAGCAGCAGCGCAUCUCGGGAGCAUGAGUUGCAGCAUACAGCUGGGCUCAGUGUUUUUAAAGUGUUGGGAUUAUCCCACACAGCAGCACCUCUGGCUUUUAUUUUUGUUUGUUUGUUUGUUGUUGUUUUUGUUUUGUUUUUUCUCUGCCUGUCUCUCAGCGAUGUGGGAAUGUUAAGGUUUCAGACCUCUGUGGCAUUGUGGGAUAGAAGCUCAGUAUCAGCUGGUUCUGUGACUGUCUCUCUCUAUCAGCUACGGUGCCUGGUGGAAGUUUGAGUUUUUCCCAAGCUCUGCUUCUUCUUCUUCUACUUCUACUUCUUCAACAUAUUAUUCUAUUACAUCAUUAUUUUUUUGUUUGUGUUUUGGGUUGGAUUGGGGGUUUUUUGUUUGUUUUUUUUUUGUUUGUUUGUUUUAAAACUUCUGCUCUCGCCGUCAUCAUCAUCUUCACGAUCAUCAGAACAAGCUUUGACAACAGCCAGGAUGGAUGGAUGGAUGGAUGGAUGGAUGGGAGACAGACAGGAUGCUGCUCAGUUUGGAACUUUACGUGUCUUCCUCCCCUGGGAGGAGGUUUUAUUUUUAUUUUUCUCAAAGUAUAAGAAAAAAGGACUGUUAUGAUUAUUUAACUGUCUGUCCGUCACAUUUUACCCCUCACCUCAGCAGCUGUGAAUACAGAGCCCCGUUGGGUUCUCUCUCUUUCUCUCUCUGUGUAUCUUCAUGCGAUCUCUCAGCCUAUCAGUGUUGUUUGCCAUGUGCACCAUGCAGGCAGGUAGUAUUGUACAGUACAGAAGGACAAAGACUUGGGGAUGAGCUCACUCUUGUAACUGCUUUCCUUUAAGAAAAAAAAUGAGAAAAAACAAAGAAAAAAACAAAUGUAAUUAAUUGAUUACUCAGAAAAGCAAAACAUAUAUAUUAUAAUGUGAUUCGAUCCAGGUUUUCUUUCUUUUCUUCUUUUUUAGAUUGUUUUUUCGGCAUCAUGAUAUUGUAACACAGCUACAUGUUGUGGUGGAGGAGGAAGACGUUAUUCCAGCUUCUAAAAUGUGAAACUUUUAAGCGAUUUGGUUUUUGAAGAAUUUUUUUUUUUUUUUAUUAAAAAGGUAGAUCUCGCUCCCUUUGGCGUCCCAGUCAGCACUACAUGCAGCCACACUUAAAAAAAUGGGUUUGAUUGCUCUGCUUUCUCUCUUGUUGUAACCAGGGAGCUAGUUAGCCAUCUUUCUUGCUUUCUCCUCUUUUUUUAUUCUUAUGUAUGUACAAUACUUUCAGAAAAACUUUUCAGACAGUACAUGUGUUGUAACCAUUGUAUAAAAAACAAAGCAUAAUGAUAAACUGAAACCGGGCUCUUUGCUGUGAGCCGCAGCAAACGGCACGCUUUUGGAUAUUGUUCCUAUAUAAUGACAUUUAAGUAGAGGCUUUAGUGAUAGAAGUUCCUAACAACGAUGUGAUGGAUAAUUGAUUUAAAGCUGUCAUGAAUUUGAAUCCAAACAGGAAGA